UAUUGGUGAAACUGAAACCGUUUCGCUGUCUCUCCAGUCAAGGCGGGAAGUCUGGUGCAGUCCAGAAGUGCACAGCCUGCAGGGGGCGUGGUAUGCGCAUUAUGAUCAGACAACUGGCUCCUGGCAUGGUCCAACAGAUGCAAUCAGUGUGCACUGAUUGUAAUGGUGAAGGUGAGGUGAUCAGUGAGAAGGACCGCUGCAAAAAAUGUGAGGGGAAGAAGGUGAUUAAAGAGGUGAAGAUUCUGGAAGUGCAUGUGGAUAAAGGUAUGAAGCACGGACAGAAGAUCACCUUCGGCGGGGAGGCAGACCAGGCACCUGGAGUAGAACCUGGAGACAUUGUCCUGGUCCUGCAGGGAAAGGAGCAUGAGACAUACAGAAGAGAAGGCAACGACUUGUCCAUGACCCAUAAGAUCGGCCUUGUUGAAGCACUUUGUGGUUUCCAUUUCACAUUGAAACACUUAGAUGGUAGACAGAUUGUGGUGAAAUACCCAGCUGGCAAAGUCAUUGAGCCAGGUUCAGUCAGAGUUGUCAGAGGGGAAGGCAUGCCACAGUACCGUAACCCCUUCGAGAAGGGUGACCUGUUCAUCAAGUUUGACGUGCAGUUCCCAGAAAACAAUUGGUUAAGCCCAGAGAAGCUGUCGGAAUUGGAGGAUUUGCUGCCCACACGGGCCGAUCCACCCGUCAUCUCUGGAGACGCGGAGGAAGUGGAAUUGCAGGAGUUUGUAAGCCAGAGCUCCUCUGGUGGUCACCGCCGUGAGGCGUACAACGACAGCUCAGAUGAAGAAGGAGGGCAUCACGGUCCUGGCGUGCAGUGUGCCCAUCAGUAACCCUGACUACAGCAAAUAUCUUGUCUGGCUCCAACAGUGGGGAUUAAAAAAAUGAUCUAGUUGCACAACAAACAGGUGUGUUUAUAAUCUGAUUCGGGGCUGCCUUAAAUGAUGAGAAUUACAUACAGCCAUUCCUGACCACCUGAUUCCCUUGUAGUAAACGCACCGAUGAUCCCGCAUCUAGUAACUCUUUCUUGCCCCUCCUCCUCUCCCAGCAGCCCUUUAGAGACAACCCCACUUCAGAGAGAAAAGGGUAAUUGCUACGUACUGUGUGUAACUUGCAUUUUUUUUUUUGUUGUCAUAAUAUUCACAAGUUUAAAUCUAACCAUAAAAUGCAGUUUUGGCCCUGGACAUGAGCCUUUUUUUUUUUUUUUUUGGGAGAGCAGUGGCCUAAUGGAAGAGGAGUUGAGAGAUCCUAAAACAACAAAAACAAAAUAGAAAUGGGACUUCAUCACCAAUCCAUUUUUAGAUUUGUUUGUAUCUGUGCGCUAUUUUUACCACUUUAUUUUAUUUGUAGAUUUUUUUUUUUUUUUUUCCCUUUCUUUUGGAAUUUUAAGAAUUGGAACAAGAGACUAUAACAUGUAUAAAAUAAGUGAUUGUCAUUUAAGCUUUGUAUCAGCAGCUGUCACAUUUGAGUGUUUUAUGUUUUGAAAUAGUUGAAAUAAAAUCAAUUGCCUAUAUUUGUCAGCAAUCCAGGUGCAUGUUGAACAUUUUGGUCCCUUCACUGAUUGAAAGAGAGUGACAUCAUGCGUAAUAAAAUGAGUGGAGGAAAAAGCACCUUUACUAUAGGCCUAUAUCUUCUGUGAAAAUUUGAGUUGAAUAAACUGUCCUUCAAUAUCUCCUCAA